AUGUCGCACUCAUCGAGCAGGAACCAGGGCCCUCCCACUCCGGGCGUCUACGCCGAGGAGCCGCCGGCACGACCACCUCGCGAGCUCCUCGGUGGCGCCGCGGACGGGCCCGUCGUCGCCUCACCGGCGCCCAUAGACUCGGCCGAUGCCAAGCCCGCCCGAGACUUUUUCGCCGCGCAGCCAAACGGCUCUGGUUCCAAACCGGAGCGAGCCGACGCACCGAAUGGCAGCAAGGAUGCGAGGAGCAGCACGAGCGACGGCAAGGCCGGCGCGGGGUCCUCGGACCACGCCGCCGCCGCCGCCGCCGCUGCCCCCGCCGUCAACGGCACCGCAUCCCAGCGACAAGGCCCAUCGAGACUGGCCAACGGCAAGGAAGCCGCCACCGCUGCCACCUCGCGCAACGGCAGCAUCUCGAUGAUGGCCGACGGCAUCGGGGGCGCCGGCCUCGGCACGGCGGCGACCGGCGACCUCGGCGCGAGGUCCGAGUUUGAGACGCUGGACGACAUCCGCCGGAGCGUCAAGGAGCUCGAGGAAGACUUUGACGCCAAGCACCCGGACAUGCCGCUGAGCGGCCGGAUCAUCCACGUCAGCCACUACAUCCCCUUUGUCAUCCGGCCGCUGGCCGAGAUGGAGUUUGAGCGCCAGAGAGAGGAGCGCAUCGCGGCGACGGCGAGCGUGGCCGCCAUGGCCGCCGCGGCGCGGGCAAAAAAGGCGGCCAAGCUGGCGGCCGAGGCCGAGCGGCGGGAGCUCGAGGCGCAGCGCGAGCUGCAGCGGCAGGCGAGCCAGUUUUCGGCGAGGUACUACUCGUGGGAGGCCUACUACGCCGCCAACGAGGCGUUUGCCAAGCGGGUGGCGGCCGAGUACCGGCCGGGCGACCUGGUGUGGGUGCACGACUACCACCUGCUGCUGGUGCCGCUGAUGCUGCGCAAGCUGGUGCCCGACGCGCACAUCGGCCUGUUUGUCCACGCUCCCUUUCCCAGCAGCGAGGUGUUCCGCUGCCUGCCCAAGCGCAAGGAGAUCCUCGAGGGCAUGCUCGGCGCCGACCUGGCGUGCUUCCAGGCCUUUUCCUACUCGCGCCACUUUUUGUCGUCGUGCAUCCGCGUGCUGGGCUCCGAGGCGUCGUCGAACAGCGUCGAGUCGGACAACGGCGGCCACGUGACCAACAUCACCUACAACCCGAUCGGCAUCGACUCGGCCAAGAUCGCCAAGGACAGCUCGUCGGAGGGCGUGCUGCCCAAGAUCCAGGCCAUCCGCGAGAUGUACAAGGGCAAAAAGAUCCUCAUCGGGCGCGACAAGCUCGACGUCGUGCGCGGCGUGGUGCAGAAGCUGCAGGCGUUCCACAAGUUCCUCGCCGAGUUCCCCGAGUGGCGCAACAAGGUGGUGCUGAUCCAGGUGACGGCGCCGGCGCUCAACGACUCGCCCAAGCUCGAGCGCCAGGUGUCGGAGCUCGUGUCGCACAUCAACGGCGAGUUUGGCUCGCUCAGCUUCACCCCGGUCCACCACUACCACCAGAUCAUCGAUCGCGACGAGUACUUUGCGCUCCUCUCGGUCGCCGACCUCGCCCUCAUCACGUCGGUCCGCGACGGCAUGAACACGACGUCGAUGGAGUACAUCAUCUGCCAGGAGCGCUUCGCCAAGAGCCCGCUCAUCCUCAGCGAGUUCACCGGCACGGCAGGCCGCAUGCGCUCCGCCAUCCAGGUGAACCCGUGGAACAUCUUUGGGGUGGCCAAGGCGAUCGACUACGCGCUGCGCCUGACCGACGACGAGAAGCGCGCGCGGCACGACCAGCUGUACCACCAGGUGGUGUCGCACACGUCGCACACGUGGGCCGCCGGGCUGGUCAAGCAGCUGCUGGUGCGCCUCAUCUCGGAGCACUCGGCCCACUUUACGCCGCCGCUCGACCGCGACGAGAUGCUGGCCAAGUUUGGCCGGGCGAGGAAGCGCCUGUUUAUGCUCGACUACGACGGCACGCUGACGCCCAUCGUCAAGCAGCCCGAGAUGGCCGUCCCCUCGCAGCGGCUGCUCGACGCGCUCAAGGUGCUCGCCGAGGACCCGCGCAACGUCAUCUUUAUCAUCUCGGGCCGCGACGGCGCCUUCCUGGGCAAGCACCUGGGCCACUUCCGCAACAUUGGCUUCUCGGCCGAGCACGGCGGCUUUCUCAAGUUGCCCGGCAGCGACGAGUGGCGCAACCUGACCGAGGAGCUCGACAUGUCCUGGAUGAAGGGCAUCCGCGGCGUCUUUGAGUACUAUACCGAGCGAACCGGCGGCAGCUUCAUCGAGCAGAAGAAGAGCUCCAUCACGUGGCACUACCGGGGCGCGGACCCCGACUUUGGGUCCUUCCAGGCAAAGGAGUGCCAGGCGCACCUCGAGAACCUGACGUCGCACAACAAGCUGCCGGUCGAGGUGCUGGUGGGCAAAAAGAACCUCGAGGUGCGCCCGCUGGCCGUCAACAAGGGCGAGAUUGUCAAGCGCCUCCUCUACGACCACCCGGACGCCGACUUUGUCUUUUGCGCCGGCGACGACAAGACCGACGAGGACAUGUUCCGCACGCUCUACAACUUGGCGCCGGCCAACUCGUCGGACUCGGCGGGAGGCGGUGCGGGCGCGGGCGCGGGCCGGGGCGCGAGCCUGUCGCCGCUCCAGACGGCGGCGGCCCACAAGGUCGACGUCAACGUGGCGUGCCGCGACGUGCCCAAGGACGCGCCGCUGGUGAUUUCGCCGCCGGCGCCCCUCAAGCAGGGCAUGCCCGUGGGCGAGGCCAAGACGCUCGAGCUGGUGCGCGACGCCAUCUACACGACCGUGAUUGGGCCCAACAAUCGCAAGACGCUGGCCGAGUGGCACGUCGACAACGUCGACAAGAUCAUUGCCAGCCUCUCGGAGAUGGCGGGCCUCUCGACGCCCGCCCAGGAUCCGCCGUCGGUCGAGGCCGACGAGCCGCAGCCGUAG